AUGAGAUUUGAUUGCAUCGAAAGGCGGUUCGCACAUGCGUUCGGCGCUUAUUCUGGCGUCGUCGUCCGUCAUCCAUUCCCAUUUUUCAUCGUACCAAUUCUGAUAACUGCCGCAUUGACAACUGGAUUAUUUAGACAUGAACAGGCGUUUAUGAAGGAUGAACUAGAACUUUAUACACCUACAGAUGCUCAGGCAAGAAAAGAAUUGGAUCAACUGGAUCGAUUAUUUCAUAUUAAUGAUUCGGAUCCGUUUUAUGCAACGAGAAGGUACGACAUCAGAAGAGCCGGCUAUAUCAUCGUCACGAAUCAAGAAGAAGAUGGAGACAUUCUGAAUCCGUUGGUGAUGCACGCUGCUAUGCAGCUCUGGAGUAUUGUUCAGUCUCUGACAGUAGAAGACGAGGACGAUCGUCGUAUAAACUACCCAUCGAUAUGUGUGAAAUUUCCGAUUCCUCCAGAAUUCUCGAAGGCUCUUCACUCGUUGUUCUCACCGAAUAUGACCACACCAGAAGAAAUAUGCGUCUCAAAUCCGCUCGUCGAAAUCUUUAAACUACUCCUUGUUUCAGAUCGCUCGUUUCUCAAUCGGUCGAUCGAUGAGAUGACGUUAUCCCAAAUAUCAGAUGCAAUUCAAUUUGAUAGCGGAGGAAUGACACAUUUAUUAGGAGGUGUCACAUUGGAUGACGAUAAGAGGAUUGCAGGAGCAAAAGCGAUGCUUCUUCCCUACGCUCUCCGUCAUUCAUCCGACGACGAAGAUUGGGUUGCCGAGAAAUGGGAAGUCCGUUUAGCGGAUUUCCUUCUCCAAUAUGACUCUCCAAUCAUUCGUGCCAGUUGGUGGACCUAUGAGACAUUAGCUGCCGAAUCUGCCAGAGACCGAUUACAACUGAUAAACAUGCUUCUUCCUUGUUUUGUCUGCGUCUCCAUUUAUACCAUUGCUUGCUGCUGUGUCUUCUCUUGGAGACGUUCCAGACCCUGGCUUGCUAUCGGCGGAGUUAUCUCAGCAGCAAUGGCAAUUGCGUCAGCAGUUGGCCUCUUGUUACUUGCCGGUUAUGGAAUGACUAGUGUUGCCUACUCGAUGCCGUUUAUUGUAUUCUCUGUUGGUGUCGACAACGUCUUUAUCCUCCUCUCCGCCUGGAGAUCAACAUCAUCAACGGAAACUUUCGAGCAUCGAAUGGAAGAAACCUUCGCUGAUGCAGCAGUCAGUAUUACUGUAACAUCUCUGACUGACCUGAUUUCAUUUGGUGUCGGAUGUGCGACUCCCUUCCCAAGUGUCCAGAUGUUUUGUGCUUAUGCGGUUGCCGCAGUCGUCUUCACCUAUAUUUAUCAGUUGACAUUUUUUGCCGCAGUCAUGGUUUACACGAAUCGACGAGAGAUUAAUAAUCGACACUGUAUUACAUUCCAUAAACUGAAAAGAGAGACUCUUCCGGAGAAAGUUGCGGCUAAAGGGGAUCGAAGUUUCGAGAAGAACAGUAUGCUGGCUCAAUUUUUCCGAACGACGUAUUCUGAUUUUUUGUUGAAUCCACUCGUUCGGAUUUUCAUUCUCACUUGCUUCUGUGUCUAUUUGGGAGUGGCUUCUUAUGGAUGUACAAAAGUGAAGCUGGGAUUAGAACCUAACGAUUUGCUGCCUGAAAACUCUUAUGGAAAGAGAACGCUGAUGAUGGCAGAAAAAUAUUUCUCCGAUUACGGUAGCUCACUUCAUGUAUGGAUGUACAACCUAUCUGAAGUGAAUGUGGCGCCUCGAAAAAUCUGGAAUGUUCUGGAAAAAGAAGUGGAACUAUACGAGCAUACAGAGUUCACAGCUGGCAGUGACUCAUGGCUUCGAACGUUUUUGGCGUUUGUCAAACAAGCUGGAUUGCUCAUAACUCCGGAAAAUUUUGUCUAUAUACUCAAGAAUGUUUUUCUGUCUCAACCACAAUUUGCAAAAUAUAACAGAGAUGUUGUGUUAUCAGAUGAUGGGGAACAUUUAGAAGCAUCAAGAAUUCCAGUUCAGUUGAGACACGUUGGGUCGGCAAAUCAGUCAAGAGCGAUGAGAUUAUUUAGGAAAUUAGCGGAAACUAGUGAACUACAAACUGGAGUUUAUGCUGACUUCUUUCAGUUUGCUGAGCAAUACAACGCAGUGCUCCCUGGAACUCUCUCUUCGAUUGCCUAUGCUGGAGUUGCCGUCGUCGCAGUGUCUCUAAUUCUGAUUCCAGAACCAGUAGCUAGUCUUUGGGUUUCCUUCUCUAUCGUUUCCAUCAACAUCGGAAUUCUCGGUUUCAUGACGUUCUGGUCGGUUCGUCUGGAUUUCAUUUCGAUGGUUACCAUCGUCAUGUCCAUUGGAUUUUGUGUUGAUUUUGCGGCACAUCUAGCGUAUAACUUUGCAAAGGGUGAAAACAUCGAUGCUCCGGAGAGAAUGAGAAAUGCUCUGUAUGCCGUUGGUGCUCCAAUUCUAAUGUCUGCCUCUUCUACCAUCAUUGGUGUAUCUUUCAUGGCAUCGGCUGAAUCUUAUGUGUUCCGAAGUUUCUUGAAAACCAUUAUCCUCGUUAUUCUUCUUGGAGCACUUCAUGGUUUGGUAAUUCUGCCAGUUUUACUUUCGAUGUUCUACUGUGGCGGUUCAUCGAAAAAGGCAAAAGAGCAUAUGGAUGCGGUAGAUCAAAAACUACAAGCUCAGUACAACAAUCCAGCUCGAACAGCGUCUAUACAGUAUCUGAGCAAUCCAGAUUUAUACACGAUGCCUCCUCCAAAUGUGGAAUUCUCUUUGUCCACUCUGGAAUUCAAUAGAACUCAGACUCGACCGCUCGGUGCGCCUCCACCAAUAUCGGGAAGUCCUAAAAGAGAAUUAUCAGGAAUCUCGGGUCCUCCAGAAUACGAAGAACACGAUUCAUCUGGAUUGAGCACGUUUGGAGUUGCUCCAGCAGUUGUAGCGAAUACAACUGGAAUGAUUCCAAUGCGAGCGAAAUUGAAAUAUCCGACAAAUAUGACAACUGCACAAAGGAGAGAAAGUGAAAGUAGGACAACGCCCGAACUGUAUUAUCCUUCUUAA